GCUUGACGUACUAGGCGAAGGCCUCGUCUUCCAAAGGGGAGGUGAGAUGACGAAGAGGUUCGUUGAGCACACUGCCUGAGGUAGCGGCUGCCUGCCUGCCGGGGUGACGGCCCUGAGGGUGCCGCUGUUGCUCUUCCUGGAGCAGGCGUGGCGUGCAGUGGCGGGCCUCUUGAUCAACAAGGCCUUGCCCGUCCUCCUGGGCCUCUCAUUCCUUAUCCUGUCUUUCGCCCUCCUGCUCUCCUUCAUCGCUCUUGCCUGGUCAGCCACUCACUCACACAGACAGACAGACAGACGCAGGCAGACAGGCAAGGAGACCGUCACAGGAGGGGACGUCUGUACUGGUGUUUGUGUCUGCCUGUGUUGUGUUGUGUUGUGGUGACCGUCUCCUCAGGUAUGUGGCGUGGCGCCUGGUGUUCUCCCAGCUGCCGGUGGUCAAGGACGCCCUCUUGCAGCACCACAUCCACCAGCAGAAGAAGCAGCAGCAGCAGCAGCAGCCGCCAUUCAGGCCGAGCAGCGACGCCUCCACCUGCUCGUCUGAGUGGUCGCCCAGCACCACGCCCGUGUGCAUCAGCCGGGCCUCCUCGCGCACUCUCUCGCGGGGCGGGAGCGGUGAUCGAAUCUGAAUGAAUGGACAGACAGAAAAUGCAUGGAAGCUAAGCGGAUGGAGGCUGUCCGUCCGUCCGUCCGUCCGUCCCUGUGUUUGGUGUGUAUGGUAGCGAGCAAGCCUGGUGGGC